UUAUAGAUAAGAGCAUGUGACUUUUUGGAUUUUAGCUCCAGCGCAUUUUAAUCACAGUGGAAAUGGAGAACUCAUCUCAUGCCUCAUUUUUCAGUCUUUCUGGAUUAGAAGAUGAAACAAAGGAAACUAGAUAUGUUCUUUUCACUGCAACUUUUAUUACUUAUUUUCUCAUUGCGUUCAUCAACAUGGUACUAAUUGUCACCAUCCUUCAAGAGAAAUCCCUCCAUGAGCCCAUGUACAUUUUCCUGGGUAACCUGUGUAUUAAUGCACUGUAUGGAACAAUAGGUUUCUACCCUAAAUUCUUAUAUGAUCUCAUCUCUGAGAAUCAUGUUAUCUCCUAUGCUGGAUGCUUCCUGCAAAUAUUUGUUAUCUACUCAUCUGUUAUGUGUGAUUAUUCCAUUUUAACAGUGAUGGCUUAUGACAGGUAUGUUGCAAUAUGCAAACCACUGCAGUAUCAUUGUAUUAUGACUAAUCAAACUGUUGUAAAAUUUAUAAUAUUCUCCUGGACUCCACCAUUUUUGCUUAUGUCGAUUGUGAUAUUUUUGAGUCAAAGAUUAACCUUAUGUGGUUCACACAUAGAAAAACUUUACUGUGAGAAUUGGUCUAUUGCAAGGCUUUCUUGUUUUUCAACUACAGUGAAUAAUGCGGUUGGUUACUUCAUAAUUAUUGUGUAUUUUGGCCACAUGCUUUCAAUUUUAUAUUCUUACGUUAAACUGAUCAGAACAUGUUUCAAGUCUGCAGAAAACAGGCGCAAAUUUGUGCAGACAUGCUUGCCACAUUUUCUUGCACUGAUCAAUGUGUCAGUUGCUUUACUUUUUGACUUGAUGUAUUCUCGAUAUGGAUCCAGAGAUAUUCCGAAAGGUCUACGAAAUUUCCUGGCACUGGAAUUUCUGAUUAUUCCUCCCAUUCUCAACCCGGUUAUUUAUGGAGUACAACUGACUAAAGUUCGGAAAAAAAUUUUGGGAGGGCUUAAGGAAUCCAAGGGAGUGAACAUUCCAUAAUUUAUUGAAGUAUUGUUCUCAAAAAAAUAUAAUAUUCACAUUAUUUCCAAGACCUUAAUUUUUAAUUUUUUUUUAAUUUUUUUUUUUUUUUAAGUAAAAUAUGUUUUCCAACUUGCAGGCCCCU